AGGCGCACACCGGUCGGUCUGCAGCGUCUUCUGCACAAUCAUGUUCUAUCAUCUGGGAUGCUAUCUGCUCCUGGGAAGCUUGCUGAUGGAUUUAGAAGGGCGGCAUGCUCAGGGUCAAAGACGGCGCACAGAAAAGCAAAACGAGCUGUGGCGACGAGGAGGUUUCCGAAGAACCGGGGCUGUGCCCUCACGGACCAAUGGUAGAGGUGCAGCGAGGGUCUAUGUCGUGGACGAAGACACAGACUUACUGGACCUGAUCUCGCCAAUUGGUGGACGAGUCAAUCCUUCUUGGAAUCGACUGAAGGGAAAUCAAAAAGAGAAGCUUGGCGUGCCUUCAAAGCAUUUGGAUGACAACAUGACUGUCGAUAAAAAAGUGGACUCCGGUUGGGGGACUUCAUCCACGAUCCCAGGGAAACCCUCCGAUGACGUUAUCAUUCUCGACACAGGAAAUAACUCCAAAAAGUCUUUUGUGGAUUUGACUUCUCCGCCUAAGAUCCCCCUUGAUCCUGAGACCCACAUUGACUCGACUUCACCAAGGGAGGACACUGAUGAACGGUCCAGCUUUGUCUUACCUUCAUCUCAUGUGAUCCACCAGAAUCCAUCAGUCAACCAUGGACAUGUCGGACAGAUCAGCACACGGAACACCACUGACAUCCACCAUCUUCAUAAGCGCAAAGGAGAACUACCAAAAAGGAGCCAAUCUGGAAUUAUCACCAUCGUAUCUAAAGAUGGAGAUCUGGUCCUCGGCUCCGAUGGCAAGCUGUAUCGUCUCAAACCUGGACCACCGGGCUUUAUGGGUCCUCCCGGGCAGGAAGGCUUCCCUGGAGAACCUGGCGUGCUUGGGUUCAAAGGGGAUAAGGGGAAGAUUGGCCCUGAAGGGAGUCCAGGAAAAAGGGGUGACGUAGGACCGGCAGGACCACCAGGUCUACCAAGCCUUUACCUUUGGAGGAACACUGCUGAUGAAUGGGCUGCCUUCCAGAAAACCAAUUUCUACCAGUUGCUGUGUGCUGGUUGGCCCACCGAAAAAGGUCAUGUUGGACCACCUGGAGAGAUUGGCAAGACUGGCAUGCGGGGCACUCCUGGUGAACCAGGGGAACGCGGGCGACCAGGGAUGCCAGGAGAAAUGGGGGAGCAAGGACCUAGGGGCCCUCGAGGAAAAGCCGGGGCCCCGGGCAGAGACGGGGAAAAUGGAGAAGAUGGACAGCCUGGGUCACUUGGUUUCACGGGGUUACAGGGCCCUUGGGGUUACCGGGGUGAGCGAGGGUCCAAAGGGGAAAACGGUGACGAGGGUCUUAUGGGCCUAAAAGGUCCCGAAGGGAAAACAGGAGAGCCGGGCGACAAGGGUUCAACUGGUUUACCAGGACCACCUGGUCCUGUUGGGCUCAGGGGGGCUCCUGGGAUCCGAGGUGGUUAUGGUCCAGAAGGCCAACGUGGACCUGAUGGGGAGCCUGGACUGGAUGGCCUUCUAGGUUUGCUGGGUUCACCGGGUGCGCCGGGCUUUACAGGACGUGUCGGAGCUCAAGGAGUCAAUGGCUCAAGGGGGGACAUAGGCCCUGCUGGCAGUGUCGGCCGCAAAGGCCCACAGGGGCCCCCAGGUUUGGACGGACAGGUGGGGCCUCCAGGUCCCAGAGGUCCCCAAGGAACUCAGGGACUGAGCGGUGGACCUGGGCCUAAAGGCGAUCCUGGGCUGGUUGGCGUCAUGGGUAAACGAGGUGAACCUGGCUUUGAAGGGCAAGUGGGUGCACCAGGGCAGCCGGGUCCACCAGGUUUCCCUGGAGCGACGGGUCCCUCUGGCCCAGAUGGAGACAAUGGGAUCCCAGGACCUAAAGGAGAUAAAGGUUUUCAAGGGGCAGCUGGAAUUAGAGGUCCCCAGGGCGAGAGGGGCCCCGCCGGUUUUCCAGGUUACCUUGGGGUCAAGGGCCAACCAGGCCCUAAAGGCAUUGAGGGUGGUAAUGGUGAACGUGGACUUCAAGGCCAACAGGGCAGGACCGGAUUAAAGGGAAACAAGGGACCAGUUGGUCGAAAUGGCAAAAGGGGACCCAGAGGGAACAAGGGUCGACCGGGACAAAGGGGACAAAGCGGCCAACCAGGACCAUUGGGUUUGGCGGGUAACCAAGGACCAGUGGGACCUGAAGGAAAGCCUGGUACACAGGGUACCCCGGGUGCUGCUGGCCUUGCGGGUAAUAUAGGACCCAUGGGUUUUCAAGGAAUUUCUGGAGAAAGAGGACCUGAUGGACAACCAGGUUCUAUGGGCCCACCAGGGCCAUCGGGACCGCAGGGCAUGCCUGGAGUGCCAGGAGAAAAGGGUUUUACAGGAAAGCCCGGCAUGGAAGGAUUACAGGGCCCGGUUGGCAAGUAUGGUACAACAGGCAACGACGGCAUGCGUGGGCAACCAGGUCCUAUCGGAGAGAGGGGAGAGACAGGUUUGCGAGGUUUUCUGGGUCCCGUUGGAAAGCCAGGACUACCGGGUCCGCCAGGACACCCCGGGGAGAAAGGAAGACAGGGAUCGCAGGGUAGACCUGGGGAUGACGGACUCAAAGGGAUCCAGGGGGCACCGGGUGCUACGGGGCUACCGGGUGACGAUGGAGCCACUGGGAAACCUGGACCCAGAGGAAGCAAUGGACCUCCUGGACCUCAGGGGCCUCAAGGGCCAACAGGAAUCUCAGGCAUCCAGGGUGCUGCUGGGUUAAUAGGAGGAGCGGGAGACAGAGGGGACAAGGGUUUAGCUGGCAUAGGUGGCGAUGCUGGCCCUUUUGGACUAGACGGAAAACAGGGUCUCCUGGGCCACACAGGCGAUGAUGGACCCCCUGGAGAGAAAGGAGACCUGGGAGAUCCCGGGCCUCGUGGAAAACCUGGUCCUUCAGGGUCACUGGGAGAGAGAGGACUUGCUGGACUAAAAGGGUUACAGGGGCCACCAGGGUCUCUUGGCAACGAGGGAGAUGUCGGCCAUCCAGGAGAAGCAGGAGAGCCUGGUUCUAAAGGAAAUAAGGGAGAGGUGGGACUUCAAGGGUUCUCUGGUCCUGAAGGAACCUGGGGAGAACUUGGAAAAAACGGAGAAAGAGGAGCAAAAGGAGAAAAAGGCAACAUUGGAUUAAUGGGUGAACCGGGACUGAUGGGUGAAGUUGGCCGUGCAGGUCUGACGGGGUUAGAGGGAAGUACUGGAACCCCUGGAACGCAGGGACCAAAGGGACUUGACGGACUGAAGGGGGACUCUGGGAGCUUUGGAGAAACCGGACCUCCUGGGUCAAGAGGCCCCGUGGGAGGACCUGGACCGCUGGGUGUCAGGGGAGACACUGGCAAGCUGGGACCCCCAGGUCUACUCGGACAGGUUGGUCCUAAAGGUCACCAAGGAGCAAAAGGGGGACCAGGACAACAAGGCAUGAAAGGAGAGUCAGGAGCUCCAGGCAAUCCAGGGAAAGAGGGAGAUGCAGGCUUAACAGGCAUUCAAGGUCCGCCAGCUUUGACUGGUCUUGAGGGCCCUCCUGGAGAAAUUGGACCUCAUGGACCCACAGGUCCCCUCGGGAAUCCUGGAGUGCGAGGAAGACCAGGACCUGAAGGCAAGCAGGGCAAUAAAGGCGAGAAGGGAGAUGAUGGCAAGAGUGGUUCGUCAGGAAAGACCGGUCGUAUAGGGAGAAGGGGAAAACGAGGGAAACUUGGAGUCAGAGGGACCAGGGGUAUGAGAGGACCAAAAGGUGAAAAGGGAGAAACAGGACUACCAGGACAUCUUGGCUGGCCAGGAAUGAUUGGCGUCCCUGGUUUACGUGGCGAUGUGGGGGAUCUCGGAGGAAAAGGAAAAGAGGGUGAGAAGGGUGACAUGGGCCUACCUGGACCACCCGGACUUGAUGGCCCCAAGGGUAUCCGUGGGCCUGUUGGGUCGCCAGGUGAAGUUGGUCUCCAGGGAGAGCAGGGAAAUAUUGGUUCACCGGGACCGAGGGGCACAACAGGCACACCUGGAUUACCUGGCAUGUUUGGGUUGAAGGGUUGGAAAGGUUAUCAAGGUUCUCCUGGUCUUCCUGGCAGAAGAGGCCUCCCAGGUCCACCUGGUUUUCCUGGAUUACCAGGACCAUCUCUAAACAUGACAUUGACAGAACUCAAGGAACUAAUGCAUGUCUCCGAUAAGCCCAACUUCCAUUUGAUCCAGAUUCUUCUGGAUUCACUAGAGCAGGAGCUUCGACGGCUGGUGGAUCCUCCUGAUGGCACCAAAGAGCACCCUGCCACCACAUGCCAAGAACUUUUGCUCUGCCACCCGGAAUACAACAGUGGCACGUAUUACAUCGACCCAAACCAAGGGAGUCCUGCUGAUGCUCUGCUGGCCUAUUGCAUCUUCUCCAGCGCCCCAACACAAACCUGCCUUCAUCCUCAACCUUCUCAGCUGCCCACGAAAGCCUGGAUGGAGGAUUCUUCUGCUGACGGCUCUUUCCAGUGGCUCAGCCGGUUGGACCAAGGCUUUCACUUCGAUUAUCCAGGUGCCAGCGUGGUCCAGAUGCGAUUCCUCAGGCUGCAAAGUAGCACGGCCACACAGAAGAUGACCUACUCCUGCCACCCAGGACACAUAUUGGGUCAGUCGGAAAGGGACAUCAAAUUCCUCACUGAUACAAGACAGCAAAGUUUCCUGGGAGCGGUUCAAGACUGUGUGGCUGCUGAAAAUGAUGUUUCUGGAGUCCGAGAAUCCGUGUUUGAGUUUGAGGACCUCAGCCUGCUUCCCCUGAGAGACGUGGCACCGAUGGGAGGUGGAAACUUUUCACAUCAAUUCGGCUUCAGUGUCGGACCAGUUUGUUUUAGUUAGGAUAGUUUGACACGCGGGGCCAUCCCAGAAGACAAAUGUCUCAUUUCGCUUCUGAGAAUGACACUUCUUGUUUUUCUGCUCGGGAACAUCAUCUCUCCUUUUCUCAUAGAGAACUGUGUUGUUUACAGACACUCUAAAACUGUACGGAAUAAUUUAAAAUGUCUUGUUUUUAAGUUUCCAAUGCAUUGUUUGACAUAAUGUAUAUAAGGUGUGUAUCACAGUUAGCCUAUUUUGAGUAUGCCACUUACAAAACGUUUGGGGUAUUCAUUCGGCCGUCGGGUUGAAAGUUCAGGAUGAACCUAAAAAGUUAAACCUAAAAAAAACAAAUUCUUAAAAACCUCUAACACCAAGUCAAGUUCUACACCUGCAUGCAGGCCCUCAGAGGCAAAUUGUAAAUAUUGUCUAGGUGGCAUUUGAUUGCAUAACAAUUACAGUCAUGGUCAAAAGUUGACAUGCACUUGUAAAGAACAUAAUUUCAUGACUGUCUUGAGUUUCCAAUAUUUUAUACAACUCUUGUUUUUUGUGAUACAGUACUUGUUGGUCAUGAAGUUUGGUUCUUUUAUGAAUUGAUUAUGGGUCUACUGAAAAUGUGACCAAAUCUGCUGGGUCAAAAGUAUACAUAAAGCAAUGUUAAUAUUGGGUUACAUGUCCCUUAACAAGUUUAUGUCAAAACUAGGACUAUAGGAUAGUUUGUUUUUCCAACGCAAAGGGAAAUUGGCACGAGCCAGGUGUGAACGUGAUUACAUAUUUAUUUAUAUUCUAACAAAACUACAAAAAGGCAAACAAAUGGCGCGCACAAUGGCGGCGAACAAACUUGACGAAUAAAAACAAAAGACUAGUAAAAAGGCUACCAAACUAUAAACAUGAACAAAAACACUUGCACUGUGGCAUGAACAACAAAACUUACGUGGCGUGGACAGAACGAACAGCAUAGCAUGGCAUGAAGCAGAUGAGGAAUAUGGGUAUGUAUGAAGUUGCCAGGCUAAACACUAGGCAACUGUGGCUUAAAUACUUGCAGUGAUAAUUUACCAGCAGGUGUGAAAACUGAGGACAGGGGCGUGAUAUCAGGGAAAGGUGAAAAUCAAUGAGUUGCUAUGGAAACAAAGAAAACAAGGAAGUGCAAAAGCAAGAACUGAAUGUCCAAAAAAUAACCAAACAUGACAAAAACAAAACAUGAACUCUGGGCGUGACAGUUUCACUGCAAUAAGGCACUUUUAGUAGCCAUCCACAAGCUUCUGGCAGUCUUCUGGUUGGACUUUGGGAAAGCCAUUCUAAAACCUUAAUUCUAGCCUUUUGGCAUGUGUUUGGGGUCAUUGUCCUGUUGGAACACCCAACUGUGCCCAAAACCCAAUCUUCGAGCUGAUGAUUUUAGGUUGUCCUAAAGCAGGGGUAGGGAACCUAGGGCUGGCGAGCCAGAUGUGGCUCUUUAGAUGACUGCAUCUGGCUCUCAGAUGAAUCUUAGCUGACAUUGCUUAACGCGAUAAGUAAUGAAUAUUGCACCUGUUUGAGGUUUCCCAGCUGUCUUUCGGGGUACAGGAAGGUCGCAUUUUUGGUAAGAAUUAUUGUAUUUAUUAUUGGUUAGUUUCAGCAUAACAAUGUUAUCAAAUAGAAUAAGAGACUUAUUACACGCUAAAAAUGCUGGUCUUACUUAAAAAUUCACGCAUUUAGUUGUGUCCACUGUUAAAAAAAUAUUAUAUGGCUCUCACAGGAAUACCUUUAAAAAUAUUUGGCUUUCAUGGCUCUCUCAGCCAAAAAUGAUCCUGAUCCCUGUCCUAAAGAAUUUGGAGGUAAUCCUCCUUUUUCAUUGUCCCAUUUACUCUCUGUAAAGCACCAGUUCCAUUGGCAGCAAAACAGGCCCAGCGCAUUAUAGUACCGCCGUCAUGCUUGAUGGUAGGAAUAGUGUUCCUGGGAUUAAAGGGGAACAUUAUCACCAAACCUAUGCAAGCGUCAAUAUAUACCUUGAUGUUGCAGAAAAAAGACCAUGUAUUUUUUUAACCGAUUUCCGAACUCGAAAUGGGUGAAUUUUGGCAAAUUAAACGCCUUUCUGUUUAUCUGUCUUCUAGCGAUGACGUCAGAACGUGACGUCACCGAGGUAACACACCCGCCAUAUUCAUUUUCACAUUACAAACACCGGGUCUCAGCUGUUAUUUUCCGUUUUUUCGACUAUUUUUUGGAACCUUGGAGACAUCAUGCCUCGUCGGUGUGUUGUCGGAGGGUGUAACAACACUAACAGGGUGGGAUUCAAGUUGCACCACUGGCAAGAAAUCUGCCGCCAGACCCCCAUUGAAUUUGCCAGAGUGUCUGCACAUUUGACCGGCGAUGCUAAGACAGACAUGGCACAGAGAUGUAUGGAUAACCUGCAGAUGCAUUUGCAACGAUUAAGUCAACGAAAUCACAAAGGUGAGUUUUGUUGAUGUUGUUGUUAAUCAGACAUAUUUGGUCACGGCAUGACUGCCAGCUAAUCGACGCUAACAUGCUACGCUAAUCGAUGCUAACAUGCUAUUUACGCUAGCUGUAUGUACAUUUGAAACUAGAUACCCACAUUUAAUGCGAAACAAACACUUACCAAUCGACGGAUUUAAGUUGAUCCAGUGUCACAAGAUGCGAAAGUCCUGAUCGUUUGGUACGCACAUUUUACCGGCGAUGCUAAUAAGGCAGCCAUGCUAUGGGCCACUUCAUUAGGUACACCCACGCUGUGGCCGAAUAGCGUCAAUAGCUUUAAUUUCUUCUUCAAUUUCAUUUUCGCUAUCUGCUUCCAUACUCCGACCAUCUGUUUCAAUACAUGCGUAAUCCGUUGAAUCGCUUAAGUCGCUGAAAUCCGAGUGUGAAUCCGAGCUAAUGUCGCUAUAUCUUGCUGUGGUAACCGCCCUGUGUUUUCGAAGAUAGCGAAAAUAAGGCACUUUAAAGCUUUAUUUAGGGAUAUUCCGGGACCGGUAAAAUUUUGAAAAAAACUUCAAAAAAUACAACAAGCCACAGGGAACUGAUUUUUAUUGUUUUUAACCCUUUUGAAAUUGUGAUAAUGUUCCCCUUUAAAGGCCUCACCUUUUUUGCUCCAAACAGAUUGCUGGUAUUAUGGCCAAAUAGCUACAUUUUUGUUUCAUCUGACCACAGAACUUUGCUCCAGAAGGUCUUAUCUUUGUCCAUGUGAUGUCAGGACAAGGACAGCACAAUGACCCCAAACACACGUCAAAAGUAGUAAAGGAAUGGCUGAAUCAGGCUGGAAUUAAUGUUUUAGAAUGGCCUUACCAAAGUCCUGACUUAAAUGAAUGGACAAUGCUGCAGUAACACAUCCAUGUCAGAAAACCAACAAAUUUAGCUGAACUUCGCCAAUUUUUUCAAGAGGAGUGGUCAAAAAUUCAACCAUAGGUUUGCCAGAAGCUUGUGGAUGGCUACCAAAAUUGCCUUAUUGCAGUGAAACUUGCCAAGAGACAUGUAACCAAAUAUUAACAUUGCUGUAUGUAUACUUUUGACCCAGCAGAUUUGGUCACAUUUUCAGUAGACCCAAAAUAAAUUCAUAAAAGAACCAAACUUCAUGAAUGUUUUUUGUGACCAAAAAGUAUGUGCUCCAAUCACUCUAUCACAAUAAAAUAAGAGUUGUAGAAAUUGUUGGAAACUCAAGACAACCAUGAAAUUAUGUUCUUUACAAGUGUAUGUAAACUUUUGGCCAUGACUGUACACAGAAACACACAGCAGCUGGAUCGUGAUUUGUUCAACAAAUCUUACAUACAAACAGCCAAGAGACACGCUAGGAAAUUAAACAUUUUGAUUAAUGGGAAUAAAUUGAUACAAUUUCAUGGAACAAAUACAGUUGUACUUAGACUUGCGGUUAUUUUGAAAUAACAGCUGUCUCCAAGCUUGUUGUUACGAGUUACAAGCCUCCCCACCACUAGUUGCCGUUGCAAUUUUCAGAGUGAACCCGGUAAGACAGAACUUUGUUUUCCAACCAGCAUCUGAAGGGGUUUUCACAACAAAGGCCCACAUAGCGAUAGCAUAGACUCGAGGAUGCAGUUGGCAAUCACACUUUAAUCGUAUUUAACAGUAUUAAUAUCAUGCAAAACAAGUAUGUAACUCUGACACACACAUUGAGACUAAUGUUAGUCUCUUUUAUGUGAGAACUGGCUAAAUGAAGAGGCAAAUAAAUGUUACACAUCUCCACAAUAAAGUUGCGAGCAUACAUUUGAGUUACCAGCCUCCCCACCGCUAGUUGCCAUUGCAAUUUUCAAAGUCAACCCUGUAAGACAGAACUUUGUUUUCCAAACAUUGGAAGGAAGAAAGAGUGUGAAGGACAUUGCUGAGAAGAAGAGGAGGAGGAUAGUCAUUGAAUCCAAAAGUUUGUUAUUUUUCAAAUGCAUGCCUUGUGUUAACAUUGUGUUGUUUUGGUGUGGCCAAGAUCCGAUUUAAUUGGUUUAAAUUAAUUUCAGUGGGCAACUUUUUUUGAUUGAUUGAAACUUUUAUUAGUAGAUAGUACAGUACAGUACAUAUUCCGUACAAUUGACCACUAAAUGGUAACACCCGAUUAAGUUUUUCAACGUUAAUGAAUUCAUUGAUAUGAGAUACAAGUGUUCUGAGUUUCGAUCAAAGCUCCGUCAAAAAACUAAUUAAAGGCCUACUGAAUGAGAUUUUCUUAUUUAAACAGGGAUAGCAGGUCCAUUCUAUGUGUGAUACUUGAUCAUUUCGCGAUAUUGCCAUAUUUUUGCUGAAAGGAUUUAGUAGAGAACAUCGACGAUAAAGUUCGCAACUUUUGGUCGCUAACAGAAAAGUCCUGCCUUUACCGGAAGUCGCAGACGAUGACGUCACCCGUUGAUGGCUCCUCACAUAUUCACAUUGUUUUUAAUGGGAGCCUCCAACAAAAAGUGCUAUUCGGACCGAGAAAACGUCAAUUUCCCCAUUAAUUUGAGCGAGGAUGAAGGAUUUGUGUUUGAGGAUAUUGAUAGCGACGGACUAGAAAAAACCCCCCAAAAAACGCGAUUGCAUUGGGACAGAUUCAGAUGUUUUUAGACACAUUUACUAGGAUAAUUCUGGGAAAUCCCUUAUCUUUCUAUUGUGUUGCUAGUGUUUUAGUGAGAUUAAAUAGUACCUGAUAGUCGGAGGUGUGUGUCCACGGGUGUGUUGACGCCAGUGUCUCAGGGAAGUCGACGGCAGCAGUACGGACAGCACAAGCUCAGCUGAUCUCCGGUAAGAAACGACUUUUUACCACAAUUUUCUCACCGAAACCUGCUGGUUGACAUUCGGUCGGGAUCCAUGUUCGCUUGACCGCUCUGAUCCAUAGUAAAAUUUCACCUCGGGGAAUUUUAAACAGGGAAUCACCGUGUGUUUGUGUGGCUAAAGGCUAAAGCUUCCCACCUCCACCUUUCUACUUUGACUUCUCCAAUAUUAAUUGAACAAAUUGCAAAAGAUUCAGCAACACAGAUGUCCAAAAUACUGUGUAAUUAUGCGGUUAAAGCAGACGACUUUUAACUGUGUGUGUGCAGCGCUCAUAUUUCCUAACAGUCCGUGACAUCACGCAUACACAUCAUCAUUACGUGACGUUUUCAAGAAGAAACUCCUAGGAAAUUUAAAAUUGCAAUUUAGUAAACUAAAAAGGCCGUAUUGGCAUGUGUUGCAAUGCUAAUAUUUCAUCAUUGAUGUAUUUAAUAAACUAUCAGACUGCGUGGUGGGUAGUAGUGGGUUUCAGUAGGCCUUUAAACUUGUAAGUUGAGAUAGUAAUGUACUAGAAUUUAAGCGUUGAUGUAUGUCAGGGCUUCUGAUCACGUUUAAGCCCUCUGAGAACACUGCAAAAAGUCAGUGUUCAAAAACAAGAAAAAAAAAAGACAAAAAUGAGGGGUAUUUUACUUGAACUAAGCAAAAUUAUCUGCCAAUAGGACCAAAAAAUUGUUCUUGUCAAGGCUUUCCUAAACAAGUAAAAUUAGCUAACCUCAAUGGACCCCAAAAUACCUUAAAAUAAGUAUAUUCUCACUAAUAACUGUACUACUAUAUGAGUACGUAUUUUCUAUUUUUUCCAUUGAAAAUAAAACAGCAAUGGCUGUCAUCUGUUUUAAUAUGAGACACAAUUGUGUCAAAGUCAUGAUUUCUUUUUUUUACAUGCUCGAAAUGAGAAAAGAUUACUUUAAAAAAGUAGUUUUAUACUUGUGAGUGUUGAUGACACAGCUUUGCAACAGUUGAUUUUCUUGUUUCAAGCAUUUUUUACUCAACAUGGGUCAUCAAAUCUCAGCUACAAGCUGUAAUAUCUCACUGAGACCAUUUAGGACCAAAACCCUUAAAACAAGUAAAACACUCGAACAUAAAAUCUCAUGUAUGGCCGUGCAAGUCCCGGGAUGCCCGAAAUGUCCAUAACACACCCAGCCGAGUCAUUUGGGGAUGUGGAAUGUAAGUUGGAAAAGUCAGUAAAAGUCCCAAAAAUACCUACCCAGGUUCGAGUCCCACAAGUUCCGCCGCCGGCCGGGAUGCUCACAGUGUCCAGAACGCGCCCAACAAAGUCCUUUCCACGGGAAGGCGGGGAGAAAAGUGAGAAAAGUUGGUAAAAUGUUCAAAAAUCCCACCUGGGUUCGAGUCCCACAAGUCUUAAGACCUGUGCCACUCGAACUCAAACCCGAACCCGGGUGGGACUCGAACAUGGGUAGGUAUUUUGAAAUUUUUUUAGAUUUUUGCAGACUUUCCCAACUUUUAUCCCCCCUCCCUGUGGGACUCGGCUGGGUGCACUGCAAAAACUGAAAUCUAAGUAAGAUGAAAUAUCUCAAAUAAGGGUGAUAUUUGCCUAUUUUCUGUAUGAUAAGAUAAAUCUUCUCAUUAAGCAGAUUUUAUGUUAGUGUUUUACUUGUUUUAAGGGUUUUGGUCCUAAAUGAUCUCAGUAAGAUAUUACAGCUUGUAACUGAGAUUUGAUGACCUAUAUUGAGUAAAACAUACUUGAAACUAGAAUAUCAACUGUUGCAAAGCUGUGCCAUUAACACAUAUAAGUAUAAAACUACUUUUUUAAAGUAAUAAUUUCUUACUUCAAGCAUGAAAAAAAAAGUCAUGAUGCAAAGCGCAUAUCAUUAUGUCAACAUAAAGGCACUAGCAUUUACUUCAUUUCAGAAGAUUUUUCAACGUAUUGAGCAAAAAGGACUCAUUUCUUUUACUAUCAAGAAAACUACACUUAUUAUUAGUGAGAAUAUACUUAUUUUAAGGUAUUUUGGGGUUAAUUGAGGUUAGCUAAUUUUACUUGUUUUGGAAAGUCUUGACAAGCUGAAUUUUCUUGUUCUACUGGCAGAUAAUUUUGCUAAGAUCAAAUAAAAUACCCCUUAUUUUUUCCUUUUUUCUUCUUGUUUUUGAACACUGACUUUUUGCAGUGUGUGUUAUGGACAUUUUGGGCAUAACACUUGUGGGACUCAAACCUGAGUCGGUAUUUUGAGCAUUUUUGAGGACUUUUGCAGACUUUUCUCACUUUUCUUUCCACGUCCCGUGGGACUUUGCUGGGUGCGUUUUGGACAUUUUUCGCAUCCCCGGACUUGUGCGGCAGGACUCAUGGGACUGGAACCCGGGAAGGUAUUUUGGACACAAUUGGGACUUUUGAACAUUUUCUCCUCUUCUUCCCCGCCUUCUUGUGCACCAUUCCUGCGUGUGUUUUGGACAUUUGGAGAAAAAUAGAUUCAAGCAUGUUUUACUGAAUAUAGGUCAGAAAAUGUCGGAAACAAGCUGUUAUCUUACUGAGAUCAUUUAGGACCAAAACCCUUAAAACAAACACUAACAUAAAAUCUGCUUAGUGAGAAUAAUUAUCUUAUCAGACAGAAAAUAAGCAAAUAUCACCCUUAUCUGAGAUAUCUAAUCUUACUUAGAUUUCAGUUUUUGCAGUGAAGGCUUUGCUUGCUUGUUUUUGAUCCGAUACACAUGUCUAACUUGUGUCCAAAUGUUUCGCAACUUGUUCUCUAACAAGGUUUAAAAGUGCAUUUUAGCCUCAUCCUGAGAUUUCAACUGAAAGCAGAAUAUUUCAAUGUUUUGUCAGUAGUGUAUAGUUAUAAGAAACCCAUUGCUGCGCAUAGUACACUUUUCAAGGCCAGUUUCUUUUUAAAGGUGCUAACCACAUUUUUUUCGAAUGUCCACAUGUUUUAGUUCAACAGCUUUUUUGUUUCAGGAAUACUUGGUGCUCUUUUAUCAUCGUACAAAUUGUUGGGUUUUGCAUUGGUUUUUAACUGUACUUUAUGUUCUUGAUGUCUCAGGUAUGGUGUUCUCAACACGCCAUUUAGCUCACUCGUGUUGAAAUUGCAUUAACGCUGCAAUGUCUAAUACCAAACCCAAUUGAAUGUCCCUACUUUGUUUCUGCUCACUCAGUACCAAAUAUCUUGUUGCCAAGUAACCUCAGUGAAAAGGUAAUUACCUCAGAUUAUUGACACUGUUUGUGUUGGGUUUGUUGCCCAGGAGUAAAUAACCUGGUUUAGGAUAGAUCACUUUUCAAAGUGACACAUAUGGAGCCAGCUGUUUUUUCUAAGGUUCGCAAAAAACAAUAACCUUGAUAGGAAGUCAUAAAACGUUGCUUACAUUGCUGUUUUUUGUCUUUCCACUUUCAAAUAAAGAGGACCACUGCACUGUCAGCAAAAACA